UGGUCGAAAUCAGAAUUUUUGAUCAUUUUCAGCGUGGUCUGGGUUGUGGACACUGCGACAUUCUGUGCAGAGUGCUCCAGCAAAAGCCAUCAGGUUCCCAAGAGACCGAAGGAGAAAAAAAAAAAAAAAAAAUACGGAAAGACGAGGAAAGAAUGGUUAUUCCUCCACCUGUAAGGCCUCCAAGAAUUACAAACUAUCUAAAGCCUUAUGUCCUGAAGAUGCACUUUACAAACAAGUAUGUGAGUGCCCAAGUGAUACACGCACCAACGGCUACUGUUGCCUCUUCUGCAAGCUCGCAAGAGAAGACAUUGAGGUCAAGCAUGGAAUCUACUCGCGAUGUGUCUGCUGCUGGAAAGAUCGGAAAAAUAUUGGGGGAGCGUCUGCUGCUCAAAGACAUCCCAGCUGUUGCUGUUCACUUGAAGAGAGAACAGAGGUAUCAUGGUAAGGUCAAAGCUGUCAUUGAUUCUUUGAGGGAAGUUGGUGUCAAAUUGCUUUAAAUUUUCUUUUGCUUCAUAAAGUGAAAUGUAUUGUCGACAUUUUUCUAAGUGUGUAGUUCUAGAAAUUCGAACGAUUUUUGAGAGGAGUAUUUUGGGAAAGAUCUAAGGAAAAUUGAUGUUGGGGUUUGUGUUUUGAUACUGUUCAAUGCGAUCAUGAUUGCUACUGGUUUCCUGGAAAUUGGGAUUGAAACUCAACUGUGUCAUUUGUCUU